GUAUCUUUCACACACCACUCACCUCUUCACUCCACUCAAAAGUCUGCUUUUACAUGGGAGGGGAGUAGGGAUAAUAAUCAAUUCUCAAGAUGUACCGUCGUAAUCGUCGUUUCCGUCCCGCACCACCUCAAAUCCCACAAGAAGGAGAAGACAUACCAUCUUUGAAAAUAACGAUGUUAGGUGCAGGUCAAGAAGUUGGUAGAUCAUGUUGUGUAAUAGAACAUAGAGGAAAGAAAAUAGUUUGUGAUGCUGGAUUACAUCCUGCUCAUCCUGGUAUGGGUAGUUUACCUUUUAUCGAUGAAGUGGAUUGGAGUACUGUUGAUGCGAUUUUGAUAACUCACUUUCAUGUUGACCAUGCCGCUGCUUUACCAUACAUCAUGGAAAGGACCAAUUUCAAAGAUGGUGCCGGGAAAGUAUACAUGACUCAUGCUACUAAAGCCAUUUACGGUUUAACCAUGAUGGAUGCUGUGAGGAUUAGUGACCAAAACGCCGAUAAUGCAGGUCGUCUAUAUACAGAAGCAGACGUUCAAUCAUCUUGGCAAAAUACCAUAGCAGUGGAUUAUCAUCAAGAUAUCGUCGUAUCCGGCGGUCUUCGUUUCACUCCUUAUCAUGCCGGUCACGUUUUGGGAGCUAGCAUGUUUAUGAUCGAAAUCGCUGGUUUAAAGAUUUUAUAUACUGGUGAUUAUUCAAGAGAAGAAGAUAGACAUUUGGUAAUUGCUGAAGUACCACCUGUCAAACCGGACGUUAUGAUUUGUGAAAGUACUUUUGGGGUUCAUACUUUACCCGAUAGGAAAGAGAAAGAGGAGCAAUUUACGACCCUCGUAUCCAACAUUGUCAAAAGAGGAGGUAGAUGUCUAAUGCCCAUUCCAUCUUUUGGUAACGGUCAAGAACUCGCUUUAUUACUAGACGAAUACUGGCACGAUCAUCCCGAAUUACAAAACAUUCCCAUUUUCUUCGCUUCCGGUUUAUUUCAACGUGGUAUGAGAGUUUACAAGACUUAUGUACACACUAUGAACGCCAAUAUCCGAUCAAGAUUCGCUCGUCGGGAUAAUCCAUUUGAUUUCAAAUAUGUGAAACCUCUCAAAGAUGGUAGAAGAGGAGAUAAUUUCAAAUCACCUUGUGUAGUCAUGGCCUCUGCACAAUUUAUGAGUUUUGGAUUAAGUCGAGAACUUUUAGAAGAUUGGGCUCCAGGUGAGAAGAAUGGGGUUAUAGUUACUGGUUAUUCUAUCGAGGGUACAAUGGCCAGAACACUUCUGGGUGAACCUGAUCAUAUCGAAUCUCUCCGAGGAACGAAAAUCCCACGUCGACUCACUGUGAAAGAAAUAUCAUUUUCAGCACAUGUGGAUUACGGUCAGAAUUCUAGGUUCAUUCAAGAAGUAGGAGCACAACAUAUAGUUUUGGUUCAUGGUGAAAGUUCUCAGAUGCUACGAUUACGUGCGGCUUUGAGGGAUAGUUAUUCUGCUAGAGGACAGGAAGUGAAUAUUCAUACUCCGAGAAAUUGCGAGCCUUUAACUUUGACUUUUAGACAAGAACGACAAGUGAAGGCCAUCGGUUCCCUCGCAGCUCAUAGACCGGAACAUGGCGCUAUUGUAAAAGGUCUCUUAGUCUCAAAAGAUUUCUCAUACACCCUUUUAGAUCCAAAAGAUCUACAAGAUUUCACAGGUUUAUCAACAAGUACCAUCGUACAGAAACAAUCCGUACCACUCAGUGUUGAUUGGAGUGUGGUCCGAUGGCAUUUAGAGGGGAUGUAUGGUGAAGUGGAAGAUGGACAAGAAGGAGGGAAUCAAACUUUGACCAUUAUGAACUCUAUCAAAUUAGUUCGAAUCUCUGAGACAGUAGCGGAAUUGAGAUGGGAAUCAGGGACUAGUAACGAUAUGAUUGCGGAUUCUGCACUUGCUAUUUUACUCGGUAUUGAUUCUAGUCCAGCUACUGUCAAGUUGACUUCCAACCCACAUCCCCAUUCCCAUUCUCAUUCUCACACUGACCAUUCAACCCUACAAGAAACAUCCGAACCUUCACCAAACGACGAAAUCUCCACUUUGCACAUGUUCUUAUCCGCCCAUUUUGGUGAUGUCACCUUCCACCCCGCCGGAUCAGGGGAAGAAGAAUUAACUCUUGUCGUUCGUGUUGAUUCAGCCCAAGCACGGUUAGAUCUGAUCAGUAUGAAAGUCGAAAGUGAAAGUUCUGAAUUGAGAAAUCGAGUGCAAGGUGUAAUGGAGAUGGCUUUGGCGACUAUGAGACCUUUAUCUUUAGCGUUUGUGGGAUGUGGUUUGGAAAAAGUUGAAGGGAUGAAAGGGGAGAUAUGAUCUAAAGUUAUUUAUGUAGAUUUCUACUUUGGUAAAUCUUCGCAUACACUGCAUCUUGCAUCUAGCUUCUUCUUUUAGGCGAAUGAAACACUCGCCCAAAAUAUUUCAAAAGUAGAACACGGGCAUCAGGAUUGGGCGGGACGGCUCAAGUCUAUAGCGAACAUGAAUGAAUGAAUCC